UCCUCCUCACACGCUCGAGGCGGAGGGAAGGAGGGGAAAGGGGAGGAGGAGGCGAGCGGGCAGCCGCCGCAGCUGCAGACCCGGGGCCAGAGGAGGAGGCGGAGCGGGAGUCGCCGCAGCCACCCCGGCCGCCUUCGCCCGCAGUAGCUGCACUGCUCAGAGUACACCCCGGGCUUGAGGGCUCGCGGGGCGCCCAGCCAUGCCCUGCCGCGGCAGCUGAGCGGGAGCGGGCUUCCUACCUCCGUGCGGGCUCAGCCGCGGCGUCCCGAGGCUGCCGGCUGCCUCCCGCGCGCCCCAGACCGCGAGCGCGAGCAGGGGCGGCCGCCGAGGCGCUGGGGGUGCCGGCAGCGGCGGAGGGAGAACGGGUAGGAGGAGGCGGGGAAGAUGGACCCGGCGCCUUCGCUGGGCUGCAGCCUCAAGGAUGUGAAGUGGAGCUCGGUGGCCAUCCCGCUGGACCUGCUGGUCAGCACUUACCGGCUGCCCCAGAUCGCGCGGCUGGACAGCGGAGAAUGCAUAGAAGGGCUGCGAGAAAAUGACUAUCUUCUGAUUCAUUCAUGCCGCCAGUGGACAACGAUCACUGCCCACAGCUUGGAAGAGGGGCACUAUGUCAUUGGGCCAAAGAUAGAGAUUCCAGUACAUUAUGCAGGGCAAUUCAAGCUGCUGGAACAAGACCGAGAUAUAAAGGAGCCAGUGCAAUAUUUUAACAGUGUGGAGGAGGUGGCUAAAGCAUUUCCUGAGCGUGUGUACGUCAUGGAGGAAAUAACAUUCAACGUGAAGGUUGCUUCAGGUGAAUGCAAUGAAGACACGGAAGUUUACAACAUCACCCUCUGUACCGGGGAUGAACUCACUCUAAUGGGGCAGGCAGAAAUCCUUUAUGCAAAGACUUUCAAGGAAAAGUCACGAUUCAACACAAUCUUCAAAAAGAUCGGGAAGCUCAAUUCCAUCAGCAAGCUUGGUAAAGGGAAAAUGCCCUGCCUCAUUUGCAUGAACCACCGGACCAAUGAAAGCAUUAGCCUUCCAUUCCAGUGCAAGGGCAGAUUUAGCACCCGGAGCCCCCUGGAACUUCAGAUGCAGGAGGGCGAACACACCAUCCGCAACAUUGUAGAGAAAACCCGGCUUCCUGUGAAUGUGACUGUGCCAAGCCCUCCACCGAGGAACCCGUACGACCUCCACUUCAUCCGCGAAGGGCACCGCUACAAGUUUGUGAACAUCCAGACCAAGACGGUGGUGGUUUGCUGCGUGCUGCGGAACAACAAGAUCCUCCCCAUGCACUUUCCUUUGCACUUGACUGUCCCCAAGUUUAGCCUCCCCGAACACCUGGUCAAGGGGGAGGUGUGGCCCGAGACCCUGGUCCACCACUGGCUGGGAAUCUGCCAAGAACAGUUUGACAUCGACGAGUAUUCACGGGCUGUCCGUGAUGUGAAAACCGACUGGAGUGAGGACUGCAAGAGCCCCAAGAAGGGCCGGUGCUCUGGCCACAACCACGUGCCCAAUUCCCUCAGCUACGCCCGGGAGGAGCUCACGCAGUCCUUCCACCGGCUCUCGGUCUGCGUGUAUGGCAACAAUCUCCAUGGCAACAGCGAGGUGAACCUCCACGGCUGCAGGGACCUGGGGGGAGAGUGGGCCCCCUUUCCGCAUGACAUCUUGCCCUGUCAGGACUCGGGGGAUAGCGGGAGCGACUACCUUUUCCCAGAAGCUGGGGAAGAAUCAGCAGGCCUCCCGGGCAAGUCAGAACUUCCUUACGAAGAGCUGUGGCUGGACGAAGCCAGGCCCGGCCACCCGCCCCUCACCCGCUCCUUGAGUGAGAAGAGCCGAAGUGAUAAUUUUAGAAGUUCUGUCCGGUCCAAAUGUGGAACUUCUCCUCUUCCUGUCCCUGGGACUCUGGAAGCAGCAAUGAAGUCUUCAGAUAUUGCCCUACCUCCACCUCCAGUGCCUCCCAAAUCUGAAGCCGUCAGGGAAGAAUGCCGGCUCCUGAACGCCCCACCUGUUCCACCCCGAAGCGCAAAGCCUUUGUCCUCCAGUCCUUCCAUCCCUCCUCGCACAGUCAAGCCAGCGCGGCCUCAGACACGUUCUCCCAGCCCCACCUUGUCCUACUAUUCUUCAGGGCUGCACAACAUCAGCAUUACUAAAAGCGACACAAGUCCUUCUGAAAGUGCUCCUGUUUCCUGCUAUCCAUGUAGCCGAGUAAAAGCUGAUUCCGUGGACCUCAAAUCCCCCUUUGGAAGUCCUUCUGCUGAAGCGCUGCCCUCCAGGCUCUCAUGGCCCAAUCAUUACUCGGGAACAGCUGAAAGCCAGACCAGGAGUGAUUUCCUACUGGAUCCAAGUAGGAGUUACAGCUAUCCUAGACAAAAGACACCAGGCACACCAAAGAGAAACUGCCCAGCACCUUUUGACUUUGAUGGCUGUGAGCUCCUAGCCAGCCCCCCCAGCUCUGUCACUGCAGAAUUCAGUAGCAUCAUCUCGGGUUGUCCCAAGUCAGCAAGCUACUCUCUAGAGAGCACAGAUGAGAAAACUCUUGCAGCUGGCACUACAAAGCAGAGUAUUUCCUGCCCCGCCUUGCCCCCAAGAGCCCCAAAACCAGUGGAAGAGAAAGCUGCCCCUGAAGCAUCUCCUUUGCCUCUGAAAAUCGAUGGUGCUGAGGAAGACCCCAAGUCCGGGUCUCCAGACCUCUCUGAGGACCAGUAUUUGGUUAAAAAGGGUACGCAGGACAUCUUCUCCAUCUCCUAUCCUUUCUUCUCUCCACUCCACCUCCAGCUGGCCCCCAGGUCUUGUGGCGAUGGAUCGCCCUGGCAGCCUCCUGCCAACCUCUCGGGACUCUCCAUAGAAGAAGUGUCCAAGUCAUUACGGUUCAUUGGCUUGUCCGAAGAUGUCAUAUCAUUUUUUGUUACCGAAAAGAUUGAUGGCAAUUUGCUUGUUCAGCUAACAGAAGAAAUCCUCUCAGAGGAUUUCAAAUUGAGCAAACUGCAGGUGAAGAAAAUAAUGCAAUUCAUUAAUGGCUGGAGGCCCAAAAUAUAGCCAAAUAACCCCAGCUAGCAUUGAACAAAACUGAUCCAUUUGUGUGCUAGAAGGGGAGGGCUGGGACAUAAUUUCAUGUGUUUUGCACUAAAAACCUUCUCUGUACAUAGGGAUAAGAGAAACUCUUACUAUGCAGAUUACGUUUUUGAAUGGUGAACAGGCUAUUUUGUACACCAAUAAAAAUGCUGUACAGAACCCCUAGAGGUGUGCCUUGUACAUCACUCAACACUCCACAGCUGCUAAAAGAAACAAAGGCAUGUCCAGAAAAAUCAUUCUUACCCAAAUAGGUUUAUGUGAGAAGGUAUGAUAUUUAUUACAAAAUAGCCAAAGCCAAAAGACAUAAGAAUCUUUAAAAAACACUUCUGAACAAUAAUUUCCCUUCUUUGGUGGUGGUGGGUGGGGGAUGGACUUUAGGCAAUUAACUGUGUUCUGUGCUCUCUUGUCUGGAUUGCUUAAUGCUAAUUGUUUUACUCUUGUGCCUGAACAUGUUAGUGAUAUGAAAUGACACUUUAAUGUUACGUGCUUGGUGGGGAUCUUUUUAUCAAAAGGCAUUUUCCAAAAGUCAUGUGUUAACAGAGGAUAUGUGAUGUGUUUAGAAAUAAUACAAAUUGUGACCACAAUAAUUUUAUCUGUAACUGCUGCUAAUUUUAUUGAGCAGAGAAAAGAACAAUAUAUACAUAUAUGUAUAUGUUUAUGUAUGCACAAUACACACAUAUAUUUUAAAACAUCAUUAUGAGUCAGAUAUUUUAGAUAACAUUUGUUCACUUUCAAAUCUCCAUUGAGGUUUUAGGGCUGUUAACAAAGUUGACUCUUAGGAAUAGCAGGCAGAAGGAUUCCACAGAUUGCAGAACCCUGUCGCUUGAAGCUGAAUCUUAUUAGGCUUCAUAAUGGAAAACUUGAAACAAAUUAUUGGAGAGUCUAUAUUGAAGGAUUAAAUUUGAUGUUAGCCCAUUAUAGGGUUGGUUUUUACUUACACUGUUCCCAUGAUGAUGUCUGAUAAUCCUUCUCUGGUUCAUCUCUGAUAGUGAGACGUCUAAAGCGCCUUUUUUAGCGUGGUUAGGUGUUCUCAACAUGCUUUAGGCUUUAGGAUAGCCCAGAAAUCAGACAAACCUACUUUUAUUAGUAUAUGUGCUAUGUCUGUUGAAUAAUUUUUAAAAUGUCAGUAAGAGAACUUAUGUCACAAACCUCUUCUUUCCUCUCUUCCAAAGAAGGUACUUAUUACCCUAUUUUUAUUCUAAGAAUUCCAGGACACGAGUCUGACAAGUUUCGCUAAAUGUGAUGAAAUAUUCCAAAAUACAACGGCAUCGUCGUCAUUCUUGACUUCUUGAAGGGAUGUAAAUCUUAGAAAAGUUUUAGUUCUCUGAGCAAGGCAUCCUCCAGACAGCCGUACUCCCCAGAGUCUGCCCCGGAUUCUGGAUGUGCAGACAGCUUGUGCUAGAGAUGCCCUCAGGGGCCUCUGGGAUGGGUAGGUCAGCCAGCAAGGGGUCAGUGCAACUGACAAGCUUGGAUUAUAUUUUAUUAUCUGCUUGCUCUUCCUGCUCACCAAAAAAAAAAAGAAAAGAAAAGAAAAUGAACUUAAAGACGAGACACUGUGCCCUCUGGAACACCUGUCUUUAUACCAGUCUAGUUUUGCUGACCUUAUUUUUGUCCUGUGCUUGUGUCUUGGCAUUAAAAAGAUAAUUAUAAUUCAUCUCCUGAUUAGUGUUGAGUUCUAUUGAUGAUCAGUUCGUUUUCCCAUCUUUGGUCUUCUUUUUAAAAGAAAAAAGGCAGCAUUUUUUUCCUAACACAUCUCUGAAAAAGUAGAUAAAGUAAAUACCAUAUCCUACAUAAAAAGCAUGCCCUGUAAAAUCUGACAAACUGCAACACAUCUUAAAAACUAACUGACAAAUCUAUGAUGAAGUUUCUGGUACUGCAGUCACAUGACAUGAGAUCCUUCCAUUACUUUAAAGUUUAGAAAGAGUUCUUUUGUGUGAGUGGGAAUUCCUUAGUGAAGUUACCCUCUCAGAACUUUGCUUUAAAAUGAAAACAGACAAGAUGCCACUGAAAAGCUGGAGAUUUUCCUUGGCAAACCCUCGCUGAAUCAGUUUUAAAACCCUUGGCACUUGGACCCAAUGCUCAAAUUCAAGAGGAGGAACAAGGUUGGUUUUGGUUUACUGUAAAGGUUGCCCCACAUAAAAACUGACUCCUUUUAUCUUUUUUCUUUUUUUUUUUUUUUUUUUGUUUUCUUUUUGUUGUUUCACACAAAAUAGGUUUUUUUUUGUCUUGGAUUAUUUGCCUCAAGUUUAUGUUGAUUGGCAAUAUGGACACUCCUUGAGGGCAGGGACUGUGGUCUUUCAUUCAUACAUUCAUUCAUUUAUUCAUUAAACAUUUAUCAAGUACCUUUCAUGGGCCAGGCGCUCCGCCAGUGCCGGAAAAAGACACAGCUCCUGCCCUCUUGGAGCUCGUUUUACUUAUAUUUGAAAUCAUAUUUCCUAAUACUGCAUUUGAUUUUAAGAGACGAAAUCCCUUGGGUGUGUCCCGUCUUUAAAGAAUCCACAAACGGGAGAAACAGCAGCCCUUAUUACAGUAUAAAACAAACACCACAGACCAUUAAAACUUGCCUCCCACUGGUCAUUGUGUGUGUGUUUUUUUAAUUGACUUAUAAUAUUUAAAAAAUUGUAAUAUCUUCUGUCAUCUCGAAAGCUGCAAAUAAGUAUAAUUGCAAUAGACCAUUUCUGAGCUGAACACCUGUUUGUAGAGGACCUUGUCACCGGGACUACACAAGGCAUUCAUAGCCCCAAGAGAAUCAUGGCAAGCAAUGCAUAACAGGGAUAAGAAGGAAACAGCCCUUCCCUUCUGAGAGCUGCAGGUUUGCAACAUAAAGCGACAUGCAGGGAUCCUUACAAACAGAACCAUUUCUAACCAGCCAGGUCAAGAAUGAGCACAUCUCCUUCUGGCAGGACCCCUGCAGUUGAUGCAGUGCUUGGGGGAAAGUGUCACACAGGACCUUCUUGGGAUCCUUAAGCUCAUGACUAAAGUCACCAUGGCCCUCAUCAGGAAAGAACAUUCAGCAAUAAACCGAGCCAAGCAGCUAAAAACUAAAAUGUGGACAUGACUCAUGUUGUGAAGGAGAACUCAAACACUCCCAGAUCGGUUCCCUCUCAGAACCUUGUAAAUGCCUGCAAGUUCUUCAAGUUGAGUUGCUCAGCUUAAUGAACUGUGAAAUCUCCGCUUACACUCUUUCACCCCAUGUGUGCCAUUCAAAUUUGUGAAGUUUCAGCAACUGCCCUUUCAGCUGAAUUAUAAAGUUUAUACUUGUCUCUUGUAGAAAUAAGACAGCAAUCUUUGGGGAACUAUUAGAACAUUCCUUUCAGACUGCAGACACAAGCUUAAACACCCCUCUGCUCACAGUUCAGACCCACAUCAUCCCCACUGCUCCUCAGAAGUUCCGGGGGUAGGUGUGGAUGGAUCAAGGGUCCAUCUUGCAAGUACAUGGUGGAACAAGUCACUACUCAGCAUGAGAUUAACAUUUUGGAUAACAAACAAAAACACAACAGUUCUCCAAAGAACUUAGUGAAUAGGUCAAAGGAAAUUUCAGUUUCAGUCUGUCAGAAAAGGUAGAUCUACAGUCUGGCACAUACGGCUUUCAAAAAUUUCAUGUUCGUUAUACCAGUUCCCACUGUUUGCCUAGUAAUGUUGAGGCACCAGGCUGCUGGGACACGUGGAAUAAAAGGCCCAGAGUGCAAGUGGUGAAAAGCAGGGCUUAAUACUGCGGGUCUGUAAGAUUGUGGGAUUCUUGUGGCCAUGUCUUAUUAAAUCACAUCGUUUAUUCUUCGAAACUCUAAUAUUUUAAAUUUUGUCUCAUUGUGAAAGCCAGAAACAAGUGGUAAACAUGAUUUCAGUUAUACAAAUAUCUGUAAUUUUGCUGCUCUCUAAUUUUUAGGCUGUGGAUUUUGGAUUUUGUAAUAGAGCUUAUCAGAUUGUGGAUUUCUUUCAUUUACAAUCUCAUGAUGUAUAGUAGGGCUCACAUCAUUUCUUAGCUGUGAGCCUUUUCUGUCAUUUUUGUAUUAGGUUUCAUUUAAAAUAUUUUUUAAGCAAAUAGCCUAAAAGUUGAACUUGAUUAAUUAAAAACGGGAAUUUUUCCUCGACUUCAAUGGAAAUGGUGUAUUCUUUUCAAAGAAUCUUGUAACCAUCUCUACAGUUUCUUUCCUUAGAAAACUUAGGUGGUUAACUACCAGUUAAUAGUUGCAUUACUUUGCAGAGUGUUAUCUAAUGGGCCCAAUGUGUACCUCAAAAUAAACACGGUAUGUUAUGUCUAAAAAAAAAAUUGUCUAUUGAUUUAAAUGGUUCAGAAAUGUCUAUAAAUAAACAAAUUUUAAAAGCU